AUUGCACGCCGCUGUCGUUUUGAAGCAGCAUCCUCCACCACAGUAUGCUCUUCUUCUUCCCUCUGUUCCCAAUCACUUCACAGAAAAUCCACACAUACCCAGAUUUCAAAAUCGCUUCUUUUUCAUCAACUCCUUCUUUCUUUCUUCGUUUCUGAACCCUUCAAUUCCAAAAAGCACAAUAACGAUGAUGGGUAUGUUUCAAAGAAAGUGUUUCUAUGAACCAAGAUUUUGAUUGUGGUGUGAGUGGUGUUGUCGAGGGUAAUGGUUUAGAGAGUGAUGUUGAUAAGGUUUAUAACACGGUGAUGGAUAAUUUAAUUGGAUUUAACAAUAUGGAGAAAGCUCUUGGCCAAUUGUGUAUCCCAUUGUGUACUCCAUUGGUCAUUGGAGUGUUGCAUAGGCUUAGAUAUGAUGAAAAAAUUGCAUUUAGGUUCUUCACAUGGGCUGGUCAUCAAGAGAAUUAUUCACAUGAGCCUUGUGUUUAUAAUGAUAUGAUGGAUAUCCUAUCUAGUACGAGGUAUAAAGUAAAACAGUUUCGGAUAGUUUGCGAUGUGUUGGAAUACAUGAAGAGGAAUAACAAGAGUACGGUUCCCGUUGAAGUUCUCUUGAUGAUUUUGAGAAAGUAUACCGAGAAGUAUCUUACUCAUGUGCAGAAGUUUGCGAAGAAGAAGAGGAUAAAAGUGAAAACACAACCAGAAAUUAAUGCAUUUAACGUGCUACUGGAUGUUCUGUGCAAGUGUUGCUUGGUUGAGGAUGCUGAAGGUCUGUAUAAGAAAAUGAGAAAAACGGUCAAGCCUAAUGCAGAUACGUAUAAUAUAUUGGUUUUUGGGUGGUGUAGGGUUAGAAACCCAACUAGAGGGAUGAUGUUGCUCGAAGAAAUGAUUCAACUGGGCCAUAGGCCGGACAAUUUCACAUACAACACUGCCAUUGAUACCUAUUGCAAAGCCGGAAUGAUAACAGAGGCUGUAGAGCUUUUUGAGUUCAUGAGAACGAAAGGUUCAACUAUAACUUCUCCUACUGCCAAAACUUAUGCAAUAAUAAUUGUGGCUCUUGUCCAAAAUGAUAGAAUGGAAGAGUGUUUUAGACUUAUGGGGCAUAUGAGUAGCAGUGGUUGUCUUCCCGAUGUCACAACAUACAAGGAUAUAAUUGAAGGAAUGUGUUUGUGUGGAAAAAUAGAUGAAGCUUACAAGUUCUUGGAAGAGAUGGGAAACAAAGGUUACCCACCAGAUAUUGUUACUUAUAAUUGUUUCCUCAAAGUCCUUUGCGAUCAUAAGAAGUCUGAGGAUGCCCUUAAGUUAUACGGAAGAAUGAUUGAAUUGAGUUGUAUUCCUAGUGUCCAGACUUAUAAUAUGCUGAUUUCAAUGUUUUUUGAUAUGGAUGAUCCUGAUGGGGCAUUUGAGACUUGGCAGGAAAUGGACAGCAGGGGUUGCAAACUGGACAUCGACACGUACUGUGUGAUGAUUGAGGGGCUAUUUAACUGCAAUAGAAUAGAAGAUGCUUGUUUUCUUUUGGAAGAAGUGAUAAACAAGGGAAUAAAAUUGCCAUAUAGAAAGUUCGACUCCUUUUUGAUGCAACUUUCAGUGAUUGGUGAUCUCCAGGCCAUUCAUAGGCUCUCGGAACAUAUGAGGAAAUUCUAUAAUCAUGGUAUGGCAAGGCGUUAUGCACUAAGUCAGAAGCGUAGGAGCAUGAGUUUGAGGGGAAAGUAAUAGUUAAAAAUUUCUGUCUGGUUUGUGCUGGAUAUCAGGAAAUUUUGGAGGGGGCAAAGUUAGGAUAAGUUGGACAAAUAUUUUCUGGAUGCAUGGCUGGUUAUAUUAUUCACUAUAUCAGAUAUCGCCUUCGAUCUUGCCUCCGAACCUUAUAUUGGACUACAACUUCAUGAUGACAAUUAGUUGCAUUGCAUCUUUGAACACGUUCCAUUGGUCAUGCUGUCAUCUUGGGAACACUGGAAGCUGUCGUGAUAUUUUGAUUGUGCAAUGCUGGUUAGUUGAUGCAGCCUCCUAAAGGUGGGAAGAUCCAUGGAUGGUUUUUGUAUUCACAUGUCAGGACAGAGUGGUUGUGCACUUUUGCUUGAUGAGAAACAUUUAUAUGAUCAAGAAUCUGUCUAUCACUUUGGCAUAAAAGUAAUGCUACUAAUGAGAUUUUUAUCUUGCAUUUUGGGGGCCAUAGUAUUCUUUGACAUUUUGUAGUAUCUAAUUACAUCAGAGCAAUAAUGAAUGGAGCUCCUCCACUUCAAUAAUGAUUCACUUGUAUCUUUUCCUUUCCGAAUCUUUGGUCACUUUCUAAUUUCCUUUUUGCAUUUGCCCUUUUCUUUUGAUGUAUCUUCUAGCUAGGAGGCUUGUUUGCUUUGUUGAAGAUGCAAUGGUGGAAAGGUGGAGUUUCUUGAACGUGUCACUCCACUACUCCACUGACUUAAUCCAAGAU